CAUCUCUCUAACUCUCACUCUCACUCUUUCUCUCUCUCUUGUCAAUUCUUGUCCGUCUUACACUACGCAUAGGCAGUCCUCGCCACUUGUCCACACCUCCUGUCUUCCACCUCCCCCCACGUCCCACCACCCCCCGCCAUGGCCUCGCCGACAGCCACGCCACCAGCCGGCGCAUACUCAUCCCCAUGUCUGCCACCAGAAUGGAUGUGGCAGUACUCGCCUGAAGCCGACGAGGUCUACUUCGUGCACCCGCCGACUGACCAGCGCGUCUGGGAACACCCACAAGGCCCCGACGCAGAGACGGCCUUCUACCAAUGGCUCGGGUCACAGCUCGGCGCCGGUGGGUUUUCCGGCACGCCGCCGCUCUCCGGUGCGCCCCUAAACCGCUCGCUGAGCGCACCCAUGCCAGCAGGUGCCGCCGGCGGCUCCGCCGCCGACUUCUACAACAGCGGCCCCGCCGCGCACGAGUAUCCUGACGCCUUCUCGCCCGGCAUGCCCGGCCUACACGACGCGCCAGACGGCCCAACCGACCGCGGGCUCUUCACGCACGGCUUCGGCCGCCCCGUCAAGUCCUCCGGGUGGAACUUUAAGCUCAAAGACUUCUUCGUCGGCGACUUUCACUACCGCCCGCCGCCGCCGCGCCCGCAGCACCUCAAGCCGAGCCACCAGGCGCUCCUGGGCCCUGCGCCGGGCAGUGGCGCGACGCACGCGCCGACGUUUGGCACGUUCAAGCCGCCGUCGCUCAGCUACGGCCGCCCAAACACUUACUCGGCAGACUACCUUGGUCCAGAGCCUUUGAUAACGCCCUUCCCGCCGCCCGCACCGCCGGCCGCACCGCCGAAGCCGCAGCCGCAGCCUUCGACCGUGCCGUCGCCCCCGCCGCCGUACCAGCCUACAAACGCCGGGCAGUACCAGCAUCCGGGGCAGGGGUAUGCGCAGGGCCAGUACGGAGGCACGUCCCCUCGUCCACCGACGUUCCAGCAGCCACAUGCCCAGCCACAGUCCAAUCCCUACGCACAGCCGAAUUACGCAAGGCCGCCCCAGCCACAACAGCCACAACAGCAGCAGACGCUCAGUCCCACGAUGAACGCGCUCGCGGCAUCGCCGUCCGGCGGCGGCGGAUAUGUCCCGCAGUACAACAACUACAACUAUGCGCCGCGGCCACCUGGCGCAGGCGGAUACACGCCGGGCAAGAUCAACGCGGGGGCGUUCAAGCCGCGGCCGCGCGGCGAGGGCGAGGACUGGAGCGAGCAGCCUGCAGAGUGGGCGCAGCCGGUGUGGCAGGGCUCGUCUCAGUGGGGGCCGGGGCAAGGCCAAGGCCAAGGGCAGGGGCAUGGGCAUGGGCAGUGGCAGUGAAGCCAUCCGCGGUAGCUUCACGGCGGAUGCAUGGCCCAUGGCCCAUGGCCCAUGGCGCGCACUCGCUGUCAGACAGACUCGUACUAGACCCGACAUGCAUAAUCUUUGGCGGCCCGCAGUCUGACAACAUGGAGCGGUGACGUCGGCGUCGUGACGUUGGCCUGUCCCUGUCUGGCCGAGGCGAGGCGAGGCGAGGCGGGGCGGGGCGGGGCG